UUCAUAAGUUGGUUUGUGUUUCUCGGCGCCGUCACUCUCCCAUUAACGUUGGUGCUUCUGGACUCUGAAUUCGAGUUUGUGUUUGGUGGCAUUCAUUCAUUCAAUGGAGGAACCCAUUUGUCCAAUCGAUUCCAGUUGCCAAACUCAAGUCUCUGCUCUUCUCUCUCCUCCCUCCACUCUUCAACUUCAGGAAUAUUAUAAUACCCUUUUGUCUGCAAGGCACUACAGUUCCAUCACUGUCAAACAAGAUGCUAACUCUUAAUUUACUUCUGUAUUUAUCUUGGUCUUGCUUGUUUAGGUUUAUUAGGACUUUUUGCAGAUUGAUUGUUUUGUAUGUAGCUUCUGCUUUCGUUUUAUUGGUUCCAUAGAGCUUCAAAUUGGAAGGAGGCUUUACCUCCAGGGAUUAAGGGAUUCUGAGAGUCAUGGAUGUGAUGUCGGAAGCUCUUCGAGCUUGUCAAAAAACUUCCAUGAGAUGGAUUCAUCAUCUGAAGAUGAGGAUCAGGGAACUCAUCAAUGUGGUUCCGGCAGUUCCAAAGAUAAAAUUCCUCUUCCUGAAGGUGUUGUGGAAUCUUUAAUGAAUGGCCAACUGAAUUUGCCUUUCUCUAAGGAGUUCUCGUUGCCGCCGGCGGUUCCAUGCCUGGGCGGCUGUGGAGAAGCUUACUAUUGCAGCACAUCAUGUGCAGAGGCUGACUGGGAAUCUUCGCAUUCUUUACUCUGCACUGGCGAGAGGUCUGAUCCCGCUCAUAGGGAGGCACUUCUUAAAUUCAAUAAACAUGCUAAUGAAACAAAUGAUAUAUUCAUCCUUGCCGCAAAGGCUAUUUGUUUUACCAUAUUAAGAUACCGCAAGUUAAAAGCAAACUGUCAUGAAGGGAAAAUGAAAUAUGAUACUUCUGGUGAUUCAAACAGCUAUAAUGCCUCUCUUCUUUUGGAAGCUUGGAGGCCUAUAUCAAUGGGACACAAGAGAAGGUGGUGGGAUUGUGUUGCAUUGCCAGAUGAUAUUGAUUCUUCAGAUGAAGAUUCGUUCAGGAUGCAAUUAAAAGAAUUGGCAUUCAAGUCUCUCCAACUUCUUAAGAAAGCUAUAUUUGACAAAGAGUGUGAGCCAUUAUUCUCCCUUGAUAUCUAUGGACACAUCAUUGGCAUGUUCGAACAGAAUAAUCUUGAUUUGGUUGUAGCUUCUCCUGUGGAGGAUUACUUUUUAUACAUUGAUGAUCUGAAAAAUCCUAAUAAGGAAGAAGCUGAGAAAAUUACACAACCAAUUUUAGAUGCUCUUGGUGAAGACUAUUCUGUUUGUUGCCAAGGAACUGCUUUUUUUCCUUUGCAAAGCUGCAUGAACCAUUCCUGUAGUCCUAAUGCCAAAGCCUUCAAGAGAGACGAGGAUAGGGAUGGCCAAGCAACCAUAAUCGCAGUAAGGCCGAUUCGAAAAGGAGAAGAGAUAACCAUCUCAUAUGUUGAUGAAGACCUUCCUUUUGAAGAGAGACAAGCAUCCCUUGCAGACUAUGGUUUUAGAUGCAGGUGUCCAAAAUGCAUUGAAGAAGAGCCAUAAUUACCAAAACACUUGAUUCAAAAAGUUAAAACUCAAAGGAAGGAAAGAGAAGGGGUUAAAUUGAACUGUGUUUCUUCUUUUUCUACCUCUAUAUUUCCAUAAUUUCACAUGAACUGUGUGUGCUUCACUUAUGAUUUCCUAUACUUCUGAGAUUAGUUUAUUUAAAAUUUUUACAUAUGAUAUUUUAUUCAUAUAGAAGAUAACCAUAUGAGAUAUAUUAUUAAUUUAUUACUCAUAAGUGUCUUCAUCCUAUCAAUAAGGUAAUAUUAUUACUAAUUAUUACUUAAUAUAAGAAAAGAAAAGCAAUAAUAGGCAUGGAAUUUGAGAUUGGCAAAUGAAGGGAAAGGGCUUCAGUUUGUGUAGCAAUCAGAUCAUGGUAGAAAUCUGAUUGAAAUCCGCUAAGAUAAUUGAAGGUAGCAUCAUUAGCCCAAUAUUUUUCAAGCAAAAGAUUAAAAAGAAAUAAUAAAACCUGUAAACUAAAAGAGAAGCAAUUCUGCCCGGAUAGAGAGGUUCAGAAUUCAAAUUGAUUGUGUUUUAUUGAAAGAAAAGUAAGAAACAGU